AUGCCAGUUGCAAAAAUUGCUCCAUCAGUGCUCUCCAGUGACUUCGCGCAAUUAGCAACCGAAUGCAACCGUAUGGUAAAAGAUGGGGCGGAUUGGCUGCAUAUGGAUGUGAUGGAUGGCCAUUUUGUUCCAAAUCUGACUAUUGGUGCGCCUAUUAUAAAAGCUUUACGUAAACAUGUGACCGCAUUUCUCGAUUGCCACUUGAUGGUUGACAAUCCAGAAAAGUGGGUUGAUGAUUUCGCAAAAGCUGGAGCAUCAAUGUACACAUUUCAUAUUGAAGCAACAGACCAACCACUCGAACUGAUUGACAAAAUUCAUAAAGCUGGGAUGAAAGCAGGCGUUGCUGUGAAACCAAACACUCCUAUAGAUAAAGUCUAUGAUAUAGCCGAUAAAAUGGAUAUGUGUCUAGUGAUGACAGUAGAACCUGGCUUCGGAGGUCAGAAGUUUAUGGCUAAUUGCGUUCCAAAGGUUAAAGCUCUUCGUGAACGAUUCCCAAAUUUAGAUAUAGAAGUAGAUGGAGGAUUAUCACUAGAAAAUAUUGAUCAAGCAGCCGAAGCAGGCGCAAAUGUUAUUGUUGCAGGAACCUCAAUCUUUAAUGCCGAAGAUCCAAAGGACACAAUAACAAAAUUUCGUGAAAAAGUUAAUGCAUUUCAAUUACAUGGCGUUUGA